UCAACUUGAUUCAUUAUUAAUGGCGAUUUUUAGCUUCAAAAAAAUAAAAUAAAAACAAUCUGCUUGGGCAGUCUAUGGCCAUCUCGCUGGAAGAACUUUAACCCGCAACAAAUAAAUAAAACAAGCACAUUGUCCAACAGCCGACGCACUUCUGGCAGCAGUUGAGUUCAACCUGUUUGUAGACAGACAGUCAACAGUCCGAGGGGGUCAGGCGGGGUGGGUGUAGGCCAGGGGGACUCGUGAGUUGAAACUGACAAGAUUGUCGUCGGUGGUGGCCGUUGACUCGAACGCACGACGAUGUUGUUGCGGCGCGUGAUGUUCCUCCCAGUGUUGUCCCCGUGGAGCAGGCGAACCACUCAAAAUCUGCUUCCUCGCCUUCCCGCUGUGCGGCUGGCCGGCUUCAGGACCAACUCGGGUAACAGGCCUCGCCGAUGUGAAGGAGCGAACUCUCAUUGCUGUCAAACCCGACGGCGUCCAGCGUCGUCUCGUGGGGCAGAUCAUCCGACGUUUUGAGCAGAGGGGCUUCAAGCUGGUGGGCCUGAAAAUGCUGCAGGUGUCCGAGGGGCUCCUUGCUCAACACUACUGUCAACUGACGCAGAAGCCCUUCUAUUCCAGUCUGGUGGAGUACAUGACCUCUGGGCCCGUGGUUGUCAUGGUGUGGGAAGGGCACAACGUGGUCCAGUCAUCGCGCGUGAUGGUGGGAGCCACCAACCCUGCUGCGGCCCCAGCAGGCACCGUCAGAGGAGAUUUCAGCCUUCAUGUCAGCAGGAACGUGGUCCAUGCCAGCGACUCCCUGGAAGGAGCGCAAAGGGAGAUUCAGCUCUGGUUCCAGGGAAAGGAGCUCGUCGAGUGGGACUGCUGGGACCAGACGUUGACCUGCGAGAAGUAAAGAUGCUAUCACUUCUCUCGCUGUUGGCGCCCGCUGCUUGAAAGGUCUAAAUUCACCUCAGGAAAUGUGUUUAUGCAGAACAUAAAAAAAAAAAAAAGGAGAGAUUUUUUUUUUCUCCAGUUAACAUCGGCUCGUUUUCGUGUUAUUGCUGGAGCGGGUUUGUUGGAUAUACUCCAUAAUCUCCAUAAUCAGGUGAUAUAUCAAAAUUAUUUUGCCAGUAGUAUAUCAAAUAUUACCUCCUUAAUUCAGAAAUGAAAAGCUCAGGGUCCAUAUCUGGACUGACGGAUUUCCAGCCUUCAAUUUGAUGCUCACCAUGGCAAAGAAAUUCGUGAAGUCAUUUCUGCCUUUGACUGGUUUUCAAUUGCACUUCAGUUAAAUUGGCCUACUUGAAAUCAAUUUGGGGUUUGGGAGCUCAGCAUAUGCAAGCGGAGGGCAGAGAACUUUCUCAAUUGCAAGUGGUGAACUAAAAUGACAUUUCGUUUUGCAUAAUGUCAAUAAUUGCAAUUUUACUUGGGAAAAAAAAAUCUGGUGCUUCUAAGUUAAAAAAAAAUGUUUUGAGUGUGAUGCCUGUGUUGGAAUAACUUGAUUCUCGCAAUUGCAAUAU